AUGUGUGAAGAACUUGGUAAAAACAAGUAUGAUGUAGUAAAUCUCUUGACAUUAUUAAUCUGCAAAUUCUUCUACUUGAAACUGUCUCAGUCUUACAAAUGGAUGACUUGCAUUGGAAAAGAGCUAACCAAGGAGUCUAUUGUUUCUGUUGAUGAUGGUGUUGAUGAAGACGAUUCUGACUCAUGGUCUAGAUUUUUUGGUUUAGUGCUUAUUUUUGUGGACAUUACACUUAUGAUUCUUUCUCUAUUGAUUGGUGACUCAUAUGGCUCUGUUGAAUACACAAUUGGAAACAUCUCUUUGAGUAUAGGGCUAUUUUUCCUCGUAGAUAUAAUCCUGCAAGUGUUUAUUGAAGGCUUCAAAAAGUACUUCCAGUCCAAAUUAAACAUUCUAGAUAGCACCAUUGUUGUGGGUGCAUUGUUGAUCGAUAUUAUUUAUAUUUCCUCUGACUUGGGUGGAAUUACGCUAAUUCCAAGGACAGUUAUCAUUUUUCGAAUGUUGAAGGUUAUAAUUCUGAUAAGAAUUUUUCGAUUGGCUGCUGAGGCAGAACGAUUUGAAAAAAUGGCCCGGAGGAUGGUCUCAGAAAAUAAAAGGCGUUACACAAGAGGUGGCUUUGACUUGGAUCUCACUUAUGUCACUGCUCGUGUUAUAGCAAUGUCGUUUCCAUCUUCUGGGCAGCAAGCUUUCUACAGGAAUCCUAUCUGGGAAGUUGCAAAGCUCUUGGAUACAAAACACGAAGACCACUACAAAGUCUACAAUCUUUGUAGUGAGCAGGGAUAUGACCCACAGUUUUUCCAUUACAGAGUGGAGCGGAUGUUUAUUGAUGACCACAGUGUUCCCACUCUAGCGGAGAUGCUCAAAUUUACUGCUAAUGUGAGGCAGUGGAUGGAACAGGACAACCACAAUGUUGUAGCAAUACAUUGUAAAGGUGGGAAAGGUAGGACUGGAACUAUGAUUUGCAUCUGGCUUAUUGACAGCGGCCAGUUUAAGAAUGCGAAGGAAAGUUUGGACUACUUUGGUAAAAGAAGAACUGAUGAAAGUGCUAGCACCAAGUAUCAGGGUGUUGAAACUCCAUCACAGAGUAGGUAUGUUGAAUAUUACGCAACCUUGAAAUUAGAAUACAACCUGAUCCUCCCGCCAGUGAAGCCUUUCAGAAUCAAAUGCAUAAAAAUCUACGCUAUCCAAGGAGUCGGUAAAGGCAAUGGGACUGAUUUCAGGAUAAAGAUAAUCAUGGAGAAGGAAGUAGCAUUUCAAUGUAAUUGUGCAACCCAAGCAAAUUGCAAGUUGUUCCUUGAUCUUGAAAAUGACUUGGUAGUAAUUGGUUUGAAGAACUGUCCUGUCAUCAGAAAUGAUGUGAAAGUCAGAUUUGAAGCUACUUCCGACAUUCCAAAAGGCUAUGACGACUGUGCUUUCUUCUUUUGGUUCCACACAGCUUUUAUACAGGACUAUCAACUUUACCUUCUAAGAAAUGAAAUCGAUAACCUAAACAAGCCAAAGAUGUGGAAGAUGUUCAGGGAAAAUUUUGCUGUUGAGUUGAAUUUCACUGAUCCAUGACUGAAGCAAGCAGAGACAGCUUUAACUGGG